AUGUUACAACAUCAACAACAAUCACAGGUGUCACAGGGAUACUACGAUUACAAUCAAACCAGUCCGACAAAUUUUACCAAUUCGGAUUCUUUAAAUACAACUCCGUUUUCAGUGAAGGAUAUACUGAAUUUGGUGAACCAAAACGAGAGUUAUGAAGUGUUUGGCUCCUUGGAGAGUCCCAUGCACAGUGAUUCGACACCCGCAUCUUGCGUCAACGAUUACGACACGCAAAAUUAUCAAGAAACUCCAGUUAUGUCACAACUCCAAUUGCCCACCAUGACGCCGGCGACAAUGGCGGCGGUCGGUGCAACAACAACAUCCGGCUACCAAUAUCCUCUGCACAACCAUCAUCCGCAUCCUCACGCCGCUUUCGGUGAUUAUGCCGCUGCCGCCGCUUAUCCGCCGCAUGUACACCCACAAGCGCACUUGCACGGUCAUCCCGGUCCGCAUCCACACGCGCAUCCACAUUCGCACACACAUACACAUCAUGUACCUCCUCCUUACCAUCAACAUUACGGCGCUGUGCAAUGGUAUAUGCCAACACCAACCACACCUGCAAUGACCAAUGGCAACGCGAUGUGUGCUCCAGGCAGCAGCAGCGUCUCACCCAGCGCGCCCGGUGCGUACGGUUUGCCAGCCGCGCAUCCCACAGCUUACAGCUACAACUAUCAACAGCCGAGUGAUGCUUACGGUUUGAGUGGCGUGGGUGGCGCGAAUGGCGUUGGCAACCUCGAAAUGGCCAGCAGUAAAAGCGACUACACUUCCACACCAUAUGUGACGCCAUCACCCACCUUGGAUCUCAACAGUUCGACAGAGGUGGGCGAUCCACAUUCGGCCACAUCGGCGAUGACAGCAAAAUUAACGGCAUUACCAUCGAAAGUUAGUGGACAUGGUAAGUCCACGGUGGCGUCACAACAAUCGCUGCAGAACUUAAUAGAUACGACAAAUAACGGUUCCUCAAUGCAGCAGCAUUUAGCCAAUAACGGCGCAGGAGGUUUGCACAAUAUGAAUGGACAUUUAAGUAACCAAAAAAGCGUCUCCGACAAUGUGCAGGUUUCCAGCGAAUCUAUUGGAGGAAAUACCGGCGGCAGCGGAGAGUGUGGAGUUUCUAAGCGCAGAGACACCUCACAAGUCACUUCUUCGCGCUCGGAACUUCGCAAGAAUGGCAAACCGCGUUGUAAGCGCAAACCACGUGUGCUCUUCUCGCAGGCUCAAGUGCUCGAGUUGGAGUGCCGCUUUCGUAUGCAAAAGUAUCUAACAGGUGCGGAGCGUGAAGUCAUCGCUCACAAACUGAACUUAUCGCCGACGCAGGUGAAAAUUUGGUUCCAAAAUCGCCGAUACAAGUCGAAACGCGGUGAAAUCGACGGCGACACAAUCUCCGUGAAACUGAAAGCGGACAGCAGCGCGACGGGCGUAAUGACAUCGGGUGGUGUUAUGUGGGGCCAACUGCAUCGCCAGCAUCAAACACAUCCACAGCAAACGGCGCUGCAAGCGAUGCAUCACUCAUAACACGCAGAGCAAGGUGGAUACUGGGAACACAUACCCACACAUACUUACGGUAUUUAUGUACGUGUUUGCA